GUGCCCAGUGCGCCAGCUCAUCUGCAGCGAGUCUCAGGCUCAGAUGACGUCACCCUCGCAGCCUCUCUAAUCGAAAGAGACGCUAAUCCUGCUCCUCUCCAAAGCCUGGCGGUGGGUUGGGACUGGAAGGGAUAUGGAGCCAGACACCAGGAGGAAGUUGAACAGAGUGGACUCACUCAGUCUGAGGCAGGACCCACUGAUCCUCCACGGAACUCUGACUGUUGCUGAGGGUGUCGGGCGCCCCUUCAUCCAGGCUUCGCCGUGGAGGCCACACGCCUCACUGAGGGCUCUGCAGAAGGGGGCUGCUGUGGGAGCUGCUCCUCCCAACCUGCAACCCUGAUCAUGCCACCGGUACCUACCGUGGAGGAGCCCGGCUUCUCUUCCGUGGAUCUGUGCCAGGACGGAGGAGACCGCUGCCGCCAGACCGUGAGAGAGAUGGAGGAGUUAUGCAGCCAAACUGCCGAUGACAUGGAGAGGAAGGACCAGAGAGCACCGUUUCAGAUCUUUCCGGAGCCCGUGGAGGUGGUCCUGAUCCCCGACGUCUCCCUCCACAGCCUGGACAGCAGCCAGGAGAAGGAGCGGCUGCCCUCCAUCGUGGUGGAGCCCACGGAGGUGAGCGAGGUGGAGAGCGGCGAGCUGCGCUGGCCGCCAGAGGCCGGGGACCUGGAGGAGGACGAGGAGGACCUCUUCCUGGAGCAGUGCAUCCCCCCGGCCAACAUCGCAGACUGGGGCGAAGAGGACGAGGACGAGACCACCCUCAUCCACAGCCAGCAGACGGGCCUGACUCUGAUCGACCUCCAGUCGGACGCGUUCCGGGACGAGACGCCGACCCUGCCGCCCAGCAGCGCCCCGGCCUUCAACUGAAGCAGCACUUCCUGUGUCACAACAUCUCUCACCUCCGUGUUGCAACAUCUGCCACCGACCACGGUCAGCUCAGCCUGAGGCAGAGCAACCAGCAAAGUUCGCUCUCAAACUCCCGCCAGUUCUGACCAUAUGAACACUUCACUACUGACUCGGAGUCUUGUUUCCAGCGCGUGAUGAUCAGCCUUCGGACAUCAGCGGGUGAAAACCCUUCUCCCCUCCUUCACCUUCCUUAAUCUCUCAGGACAAUGGCCGUGCGCCUGCACGGCCACAACAUUUGGGAAACACAUUCCAAAACAUGCUGUCUGUUAUUUCAAAUCAAUUUCAAAUGCUGAGGCUGCAGUUUUCGCUUCCUCCUCUCGGCACUAUUUUCGGGAUCCAACGAAGCUGCUGUGACAACAUUGAUGUAGUUAUGUAUAUUUCCAGUGAGUCUAGAUGAGCGUGGGAGGAAGUAGCUGUGAUUCAGAUCAUGACUGACCUCAUGAACAAGGGCUUCAUCACUUUAGAAAAAAAUAAAAACCUGCGUUAGAACGGUUUUAUUUGAAUAUGAAGCAUGUAUUAGUCAGCAGUUUAGUUUCCCCACGUUGUCCUGGGUCGGUCGCUUGUCAGCGCCGUGACUCGUCUCACUGCUUCACAACCAAAGCAUGCAUUAUGUUUGGCUCUCACCAGGGAUUAGGCCAGACUCUUCAGCAGCCUAAUCUGUAUAUGCAAUGUUUUUGUUUGAGACGGAAUCAAACGGUGGGCGGAGUCAUCAUGGGAUUACUGUGACUCACAGCUGUGGAAUAAAAUUAACUGGAGAUUAG